GACGCCCAGGUUGCGCUCGCAUUCCGUCCAUUGCAAACAACAUCGGCCCCCCCAGCACCGGCAUCCGGAGGACCUCCAGCUUCCUCGUUACCCAUACACACAACGCUCUCUAGAAGGCCAGGAGCAGCGCUUGGUCCCGUCGCCUUCUAUUCUGUCACUUUCCCAACCAGCAUCACUCCCCCGAAAAGUCGUUCCGGAAAACCUCUGACGCUUCCGCCAAGAUGAAGCCUGGCGCCGACGCAACGCACCAACCGGAGCCUCCUCAUAGUGGCUCUCCCGCUAUCCCUCAGCGUUACUCAACUCCCCAACCUCGCAACUAUGGCUCCGUUCUAAACGUACCCCAGAGUGCUGCCAUGCCCGCACACCCCAUCUUGCCGCAUCCCAUACCCCGCAUAGCAUCAACCCGCGACCCGCUCCUGCCUUUCUCAGCCCCUGCCAAACACAGCCCAGCCACCCAUACCGUAGUGCAGGCAUACCCCUCGCGCAACAAAGCCUCGCGAUACAUCCCACAAGUAAUCGUGAACCACGCCUCGGUGUUGAGCAUCGCGGUCAUUUGCACGCUUUUGUUCUUGUGGAGAGUCACGAUCGCGGACUGGGCUGUGCCGUUCCGACUGUGGACGUUCGAUGGGGAUGUGCGGGGGAUUGGUGGGAUGGGAGGUGCGGGACGUGGGGCUGUUGCGAAAAAUGGGCAAUUGGGUGGUGCGGGGAGGAACGCUACGCUUGGGGACAAGGUCAAGCUGGAGCUGUUUGUCAUGUCAAAGUGUCCGGAUGCUGUAUACUGUGAAGGCGUUUUCGCCAACGUCCUGCAAAAAGUGAAGGAUAUCACAGACUUCGACGUUCACUACAUUGGCGCACGGGAUCCGCAAGCAAAAUACGGCGUAACUUGCAAGCACGGUGACGAUGAGUGCCUCGGCAACAUUCAACAACUCUGCCUGCAUCAUUACCCCACCCCUCGCCCCCCCUCCACCUUCUUUAACUACAUCCUCUGCACCAACCGCGACUUCCGCUCCAUCCCCUCCCUCCCACGCGCCCGCGAAUGCGCCAAACUCGUCGGCCUCAACUACGACACCGACAUCGCGCCCUGUGCCGACGGCGAUGUUGGCAGAGAGUUGUUGAGGAGGGAUGUGGAGGUCGGGAGGGCGAGGGGUGUGGGGACGAGUUGUACGGUGCAGAUUAACGAGAAGCUGAGGUGUGUAAGGGAUGGCGGGGCGUGGGGUGAUGAGAAGGAUCCGACGAGUUGUCCUGGGGGAGCCGGGGUGUCGGCGUUUGUCAAGAGUAUUUGUGAAGCUUAUAAGGGCGAUGAGGGCGAUAAACCGAAGGCUUGUUUGAGGGUUUAAGAGGGGGGCAGGAUGGUGUAAGUCAUAUUCCUAGAGCAUGUAUGCAGAUGAAUCCAUCCAUGCAGUGAUGAUGUGAAAUUCGGUGUUUAUCUAGCUUCCCUUCUCCCUUCAA